AUGCCUCCUCGUCGAUCCAACAAACCUACCGAUGGCUCCACCCAGCACAAGAAAACUGUCACGUCUUCUAAACGGCCACGUCCACGGAAAACCUCACCUGCAGCACCUCCUAAGCAAUCUGACCAAGGAAGAGGGCGAGAUGGAGUUCCACGUACCAACCGGAGGCGAUUAAGCUUGACCGCUAGCGAAAAAGCUCUGGAUGACGUCGAACCAUUACCAGAUGAUGAAGGAGAUCAUAUGACCUCGGUUCCAUCUUCUAAAAGGCCACAUCGACGGAACAACUCACCUCCAGCUCCUCCUAAGCGAUCUAACCAGCCCUUGCUGCGUUUUCAAAAAACCAGUCCAAAAGCGAAAUCGUACCUCCAACUUCGACUCUGA